UCUGUUGCUUCCACACUCCUUGUUUCUCCUUCUCUACACAGAUUCGCUUUCCCAUGGAGGUCAGGAAUCAGACCCAGGUGGAGGAGUUCAUCUUCCUGGGUUUCUCAGGCGUCCCACAUGGCCAGAUUUACCUCUUUGUCGUGUUCCUAGCAAUUUACUUGGUCACCGUUCUUGGAAACACCACGAUAGUCACCUUGAUCCAGCUGGAUACCCGCCUUCACAGCCCCAUGUACUUCUUCCUCAGCCAUUUAUCCUGCAUGGAUGUCUGCUACUCAACUGUCACUGUUCCCAAGAUCCUGACCAACUUUCUGCGUCAGAGGCACACCAUAUCCUACAACCAGUGCAUGGCCCAGAUGUUCUUCCUGAUGACCUUUGCGGGGUCUGAGUGCGCCCUGCUGGCCGUCAUGGCCUACGAUCGCUAUGCCGCCAUUUGCCAGCCUCUGCAUUACAGCAGCCUGAUGAGCAGCCAGGUGCGAAUCCCGCUGGCCAUCGCUUCUUGGAUCUGGGGCUUCCUGGACUCGGCCAUCCACACCACUCUGGCCACCCACUUGUCCUUCUGUGGGGCCAACCAGAUCGACCACAUCUUCUGCGAUGUCCCGCCUAUCCUAAAGAUUGCCUGCAGCGACACCUACGUCAAUGAGAUCACCCUCCAUUUGGCCAGCAUCUUCAUGGGCCUGAGUCCCUUCUUGCUCAUCCUCCUCUCGUAUAUCUACAUCCUCUCCGCCAUCUUGCAGAUCCGCUCGAAUACGGGCAGGCGCAAGGCCUUCUCCACGUGCGCUGCUCACAUGAUCGUUGUCACCGUCUACUUUGGGAUGGCCAACGUGAACUACAACCGUCCGAGCGCAGGCUACUCCUUGGAGAUAGACACCCUGGUUUCUACACUCUACUGCAUCAUCACCCCUAUGCUGAACCCCCUCAUCUACAGCCUCCGCAACAAGGAGGUGAAGGAAGCUCUCAGGAAGGUUCUUGGGGGGCAGAAGAAGGACUACGCUUCUACACAGAGAAAGUGAGAGGUAGACUUUGGCAAGGGGGCAGCUCUGCUCUCCUCUUACACCCCCCAUUGCCCUUAGUGAGCUCAAGGUAAUCCUCCAAGACCACAGAGAAACCCACUUCCUGUACUCCAUUUCGGUCAAAUUUAUAAACACGUUUGUAUUAUUUCCACGGAGACCCCCCCAAAAAAAUAUAUGUUAUGAAAACCUACAGUAUGUUUCUGUACAAACACCACAACUAAUCAGCAAAGCAUGUUCCUAUUAAGUAAAAAAAUAGGUCAUGUCAGAGUAAUCUGAUCUCAUUUGGCAGUGGAAUUUGCUACCAAGGAGUGUGGUGGAGUCUCCUUAUUUGGAGGUCUUUAAGCAGAGGCUCGACAGGCAUAUGUCAAGAAUGCUUUGAUGGUGUUUCCUGCUUGGCAGGGGGUUGGACUGGAUGGCCCUUGUGGUCUCUUCCAACUCUAUGAUUCUAUGAAUUUUUAAGAAAUUUCUAAAGCUUCCUUCAAACGUAGCAGCUGAAGGCGAGCUAGUUGUGACACAGCUAUCUCGGUAGGGGGGGAAUGAUCUCC